UAAUUCCAUUUCUUGGAUUUGUAACAUUGUCAUAGUCCUAAUAAGAACAAAAGCUUAUCGAAUAUACUUAACUUAUGUUCACAUCUCGGUUUUACCCUUCAAUUGCCACCUUGACCCUUGUAAAGUCCUUGUAAUCAAUAUCAUUUUACCACUUGUAUUCAUAGCCAAAAAACUCUAUGAAAAGUAGCCAAACCCGUUUUUAGAAAACUUUCUAUUCCAUGCGAAGUUUGCAAUUUGAAACAUGCUAAAGUGCCAUAAAAAACAAGUACACAGCGACCUUUCUACACUUUAUAUGUUCUGCUUCCUUAAGUUGUGAAGAGACAAGAACCGAACCACAGUAAAACAUAACUGAUCCCAAAAAGCCGAACAAGCAGAAACUAUAGUAUGCAUAAGUCAAGAACAAGGGAGAAAGAAGGAGCAGGCAAAAUAAUCAAACAAACAACGGAAAAGACAAACAUAUAAAAUGGUAAACGAACAGCACUUACUACGAAGAGGUUUGAGGAAAUUUGAAAGAGAUGUGUUGGCUUUGUUUAAGUCUUCACUGAGGGAUAAACAACACAAGCCAACCACCUCUCUGAUAAAAGAUAGAGAAUUUCCACGGAGUUUUCUGGAACAGAUACAAGCUUGAAAUUCUUUCUCUAUAUUACAGAAGCUUCUCUUCAAGCUUUAUGUUUUUAAUGCAGCAUCUACCCCUUAGGAGUAGAACCUCAUAAAUUGCAAAAGCAUGAAAGCUCAAUGGCAAGACAAACUCAAUGUCCUUUUUCUCCCAUAUCCAACACCUGGCCAUAUGAUCCCAAUGGUAGACACAGCCAGACUAUUUUCUAAGCAUGGUGCUAGCGUUACCAUUAUCGCUACCCAAAGCAAUGCUUUAACAUUCCAAAAGGCCAUUGAAGGUGACUUCAGUUGUGGAUACGACAUCAGAACUCAAGUGAUUCCAUUCCCUGCGGACCAUGUUGGUCUCCCUGAUGGGGUUGAAAACAUUAGAGAUAGCACUACCCCAGAAACAUUGGGUCAAAUCAGUCAUGGAAUAUCAAUGCUUAAAGACCAAAUUGAGCUUCUGUUUCAAGACCUGCAACCAGAUUGUAUUGUAACUGAUAUUUGCUAUCCUUGGACAGUGGAGUCUGCUACAAAACUAGGCAUUCCAAGGCUUUUCUUUUACAGUUCAAGCUACUUCUCCAACUGUGUUAGCCAUUCUAUCAGGAAACAUAGACCUCAUGAAAACUUAGUCUCUGAUGCCCACAAGUUUACAGUUCCUGGUUUACCUCAAAGAAUAGAGAUGACGCCAUCGCAGGUAGCGGAAUGGGAAAGAACUAAGAACGAAACCACAGGCUAUUUUGAUGCUAUGUUUGAAUCAGAGGCUAAAAGCUAUGGAGCACUGUAUAAUAGUUUUCAUGAACUUGAAAGCGUUUAUGAGCAACUUCAUCAGAGUGCACUGGGGAUCAAAUCUUGGACAAUUGGACCAGUUUCUUCGUGGGUUAACAAAGAUGAUGAACAAAAGGCUAAUAGAGGACACAAGGAGGACCUUGAAGAAGAGCCACAAUGGCUAAAUUGGCUUAACUCUAAGCAAAACGAGUCUGUACUUUAUGUAUGUUUUGGAAGCCUCGUCUGGCUCCCUCAUGCUCAACUUGUUGAACUGGCUCAUGCGCUUGAGCAUUCUGGUCAUAGUUUCAUUUGGGUCAUCAGGAAAAAGGAUGGAAAUGAGAAUGAAGACAGUUUCCUACAAGAGUUUGAGAAGAAGAUGAAAGAAAACAAGAAAGGUUUUAUCAUAUGGAACUGGACACCACAGCUGCUGAUAUUAGACCACCCUGCCAUAGGAGGAAUGGUAACUCACUGUGGUUGGAAUUCCAUUCUUGAAAGUGUGAGUGCUGGAUUGCCAAUGAUCACCUGGCCAAUCUUUGCUGAGCAAUCCUACAAUGAGAAGUUGGUAGUUGAUAUCUUGAAGAUUGGACUCCCAGUGGGAGUGAACGAAAGCACGUUUUGGAUGAACUUGGGUGAUGAGGCAAUGGUGAGAAGGGAAGAUAUAGUGAAGGUUGUGGUGCUUUUGAUGGGAAGUAGCCAAGUGAGCAAAGAAAUGAGGAAGAGAGCAAGAAAACUUAGUGAUGCUGCUAAGAGGACUAUAGAGGAGGGUGGACACUCUUACAACAACUUGACUCAGUUGAUAGAUGAGCUUAAAUCAUUGAAGAUAUCUAAAACUUGCAGAAGCACGGUAGAUAAUUGAAAUGGAGCAUUAAUGUAGUGCUUCUAGGAGGUGAUUUUAUAAUGCCUUUUGCUAUUAUAACAAGAUGAACAACUUCAUGUACUUCUGAAACUGUUUUACAUGGA